AAAGAGCUCUUUUAAUCUAGCGAGAGAGUAAAUAACUACUUGAAUUCACACUAACUUACAUAUUAAAUAACUUUUCAGUUAUGAUGCAAUAGAAAUAUUUAGUAAUGAGUUACGGGACAGUACGUGGAAACAGGAGCACCAAGAGCGAUGACGCCGUCACCAGAGUUCAGGCGGACGUGGAUACGACUAAGGCUGUGAUGACGAAGAAUCUGCAGAAAAUAGCCGAAAGAGAGAACCGACUGAUCAAUUUACAGGGCCAAACAAGUGACAUCGAAACAGAAGCCAAUAAUUUCACCGCCACCACCAGGAAGAUCAAACGUCAGCAGCAGAGACGCUCGAGGAUGAUGUGUGUUGCAGUUUCAACCGCAGUUCUGUUCACUUUUGUUCUAAUAGCAGCAAUCGUCAUAUACUUUGUUCUUUGAAAAACGAAAACAAAAAAUUUGAUUUUUUAUUAUCAUUUUGAUUUUUAUAGUUUAUUUUUUAUGUUGAUUAAAUAUGAUUUAUAAUGUUGUU